ACUGGGAAGCUCUGUGAGGCAUUGAGAUAUCCUCGAGGAACACUGGAGCAGUACUGGGAAGCUCUGGGAAACAGUGGGAUGUCCCCAGGAGAUGCUAAGGCAGUACUGGGAAGCACUGGGAUGUCCCCAUGGGGCACUGGGGUGGUACUGGGAAACAAUGGGAGGCACUGGGAAGCUCUGGGAGGUACUGGGAUAUCCCUGGGAGGUAACAGAAUGAAACUAGGAAGCUCUGAGAGAUGCUGGGAAGCUCUGGGAGGCACUGAGAUGUCCUUGAGGAACACUGGAGCAGUAGUGGGAAGCUCAGGGAGACACUGGGAUGUCCCCAGGAAAUACUAGUGUGGGACUGGGAAGCACUGGGAUGUCCCCAGGGGAUGCUAGAGCGGUACUAAGAAGCUUUGAGAUCCACUGAGAUGUCUCUGUGGGACACUGGGGUGGUACUGGGAAACAAUGGGAGACACAGGGAAGCUCUGGGAAGCACUGGGAUUUCUCCAGGGGAUACUGGGAUGAUACUGGGAAGCUCUAGGAGGCACUGGGUUGUCCCCGGGGGUAACGGGAUGAUACUGGGAAGAUCAGGGAGACACUGGGAAGCUCAGGGAAACACUGGGAUGUCCCCAGGGACUACUCGGAUGGUACUGGGAAAUUCUGGGAAGCACUGGGACGUCACCAGGGGUCCUGGGACGGCACUGGGUGGCACUGGUGUGUCCCUGCGGGCAGCUGGAGGCUGCGCAGGCUGUGGAAGGGGCGGCGGAGGCGCGGGGGGGACCACCAUCGCGCCGGGACACCAUCGCGGCCCCGGGGACACCAGGCGGCACUGUGGGGCGCCGCGCUGCUGCUUGGCAACUCCUGCGGAUGCCGGAGCAUGCGCCUCUGCCAGCGGCGUCCGGUCAGGACUACAUUUCCCGGCGUGCUUUGCAGCGCACAGCAAUAGCUGAGCCCACAGCGGCCCGUCAGACUACAUUUCCCGGCGUGCUUUGCGUCUCAUCGGCGCAGCCCCUUCUUUGACUACAACUCCCGGCAUGCUCUCCGGCACAGUGUCAGCGGCUAGGACUACAGUGGCAUUCGGGACUACAUUUCCCAGGGUGCUUUGCAGAGCGCCGUCACGCAGCCUCUUCCCUGACUACAAUUCCCGGCAUGCGUAUGGUGGCACUGCUUCCGGAACUACAUUUCCCGUCGUGCUUUGCGGGGGGGGCCGCCGCGACGGGGUCGGGGCAAUGGCGGAGGCUGCGGGCGCGUCCAGACCGCCGCCAGACGUGGACACGGACGAAUGUCUGGGCGAGUACCGGUACCUCUUCAGCCCCGACCUCCUGGCGGGCCGAGUGGCCUUCGUCACCGGCGGCGGCUCCGGCAUCGGCUUCCGCAUCGCCGAGAUCUUCAUGAGGUGCGGGCAGGCCCGAAAAUCCCGGGAAAUCGGGGUUCGGUUUGGCAUGGCUGCCAGACAGUCAUCGCAAGCCGGAACCUGCAGCGAGUGUCGGAGGCCUCUAAAAAGCUGGUGGCAGCCACAGGCCAGCAGUGCCUGCCUCUGGCCAUGGACGUCAGGCAGCCCCAGACCAUUGUGGCAGCGGUGGAUGAGGCACUGAAGGAGUUCAAGCGGAUUGACAUCCUCGUUAACGGUGCUGCAGGAAACUUUUUGUGCCCAGCAAGUGCCCUGUCCUUCAACGCCUUCAAGACUGUGAUAGAUAUCGACACCAUUGGCACCUUCAAUGCCUCCAAAGUCCUCUUUGAGAAAUAUUUCCGGGACCACGGCGGUGUCAUUGUUAACAUCACGGCAACUCUGAGCUACCGUGGGCAGGCCCUCCAGGUGCAUGCUGGUGCUGCUAAGGCUGCCAUAGAUGCCAUGACCCGUCACCUUGCUGUGGAGUGGGGACCCCAUGAUAUCCGAGUGAACAGCUUGGCUCCAGGCCCCAUCACAGGCACCGAGGGGUACCGGCGGCUGGGUGGGAAAUUUGCCGAGGAAGCCAGCCAUUUCGACACAAUCCCCCUCCAGCGCGCAGGGAACAAGACGGAGAUUGCCCACAGCACGCUGUACCUGGCAAGCCCCCUGUCCUCCUACGUGACGGGCACCACCCUGGUCGUGGAUGGCGGGAGCUGGCUCACCUCUGCCAACAACUUCCCUGCCAUGCUGGAUUUCUGGUCUGCAGGAGCAAACAAAAAUCAAUGAUGGACAGCCUGGGACUGACCGAUGGACAGAAAUGGGACCGAACGCUGCUGCUCUGGGACAUCGCGGGGGGACAUCUCCCAGGGUCGGAGCUGAUAGCUGCGACCUCCAAUCCAUAACUGGUGGUGGUGAAUGUGGUGAUCCUGCGGCCUCCUGGGGGAGGGCGCUCUGGAGUGAUGGAGGGGAGAAUGUCCAUCCCAUUCUGUGCCCUUACUUUUGGCGGAGGUGCUGGGACAGCAUGGGGUGUGCAAGCUGUGAUGUUCACUGUUUAUCUCUCCCUCUGAGUUGCUCCCUUGGCCUUUCCUGAGCCCCAGGCGGGUGCUGCCCAUGGAUAUCUGUCCUCUUCCUCCCCUCUCAGCCUGAGAGCUGCCCAAGACCCUCAGCAGUAGCUCCCUUAUGGGAGUGGGCAGUAGUUCAGCCUGUCUGGGGUUGAGAUCAGCCUUUGUGCUUGGGGCAGCUCUGACUUGGCAACCUCAGGGGGGGAAAAUACGGACCGAGCUGGCCCCUGGCAGGGGGAAGUGGCCGUCUCCCCUCUGGGAGCUCCUGGAGCAGCAGUGCCCUGUGGCUGACACAGAUGGAGCUGGGAUGUCCCUCUCCUGGGAGCAGAGACGCUGUGAGGCCAAAAUCCACCAGAGCUGGCUCUCAUCUGGAAGCCUGAGGUGUCUGAUUGUCAGCCCCCAUCUGUCUGUCACGCCGGUCUUGUGCUGUCUCCUUUCUCCGUACGGACACUACAAUGGAGGCUGGAUCCAGGGCCAGCUGGAACACAGCCCUUUCCGAGCGAGGUGCUGAACUGAUGAGCUGUGGGGCUGAAUGGGCUCUGUGCCUGGGUGCCAGCACCUCGGGGGCACACGCCCCAGCUGCUGACAGCCGUUUUUAACCUUAGCCUGAAUUCUGUGAAGCUUCUUUUCCUACUUGAUUGCAUUUCCUACUUGAUUGUAGACUUGCCAGGCUUUGCUCCUUCCUCCAGGCCAUGAAUAAAGAACUUUC